UCCGGGGAAGCGAAACUGAAACUUGGCGGCCCCAAUAGUCGGGCGGGACGCACCUUCGCCCCAGUCCCAGCCCGGCCGCGCCGCGGAGCCCACCAGCAGCGCGACUCGGAGUCAUGGCGUCAAGCCUCUGCCCAACGUCCCCGCUGCUCGUGCGGGUGUCCGAGUCCGCCCCCCGGACUCGCUACAAGCUGGAAAUCUACUUCCAGAGCCGGGCCUCGGCCGGCGGGGAGUGCACCGUCCAGCCAGUCGAGAGCGGCGAACCGGGCACCUUCCGGGUGUUGUUCAGAGAAAGGGAAGCUAAGGAGAGAGUCUUGAAACAAAAAAAUCACCAGGUAUCUAUUGAAGGAAAACCUGUGACCAUUUCCCUGGAACCCACUGAAAAUCCAGUAGAGAACAGGAGAACCAGAAUUUCUUCACUUACAGAGUCACAAGCAAGUGCAGAGUCUGAUGAGAAGUAUGUUAAUGAAAGAUAUAUUCCUACCGCUGUGGAUUCAUGUGUCCAAAAGAUCUUUCUUACUGUCACAGCUGAUCUGAACUGUAACCUGUUCUCCAAAGAGCAGAGGGCACACAUAACCACUCUCUGCCCUAAUGUCAGAAAAAUGGAGGGCCGCAAUGGAAUUGAGAAGGUGUAUGGUGACUUCCAAGAUAUUGAAAAAAUAUAUCACUUCUUGAGUGAGAAGUUCCUAGAAAGUGAGCAGAAACAUGAAUCAAAAAUGGAAAGGAAGAAGGUACUCAAGGAGCAAGAUUGGAACAGCUACGUUUCUCUUGAACCAGAAACCAAGUCAGAAGAGCAGAAAGAUAAAUAUUCAUUUUCAAAAAUGGAAAGGGAGAAGGCAAUCAUGAAGCAAAAUUGGAACAGCAACAUUUCUCCUUCUGUGCCAGAAACUAAGUCAGAAGAAAAAGGCAAUGGUUUUGAAGUUCCCUUGACUUUGUUUGAAUACUUCAAAUUUACCCAUCCUGAUAAAAUAGACUCAAUAGAGAAAAAAUUCGAUAUAAACAUCAAAAUCCAGGAGCCUUCUCCAAAUAUGGUCUCUAUAGACUUCAUUACAAGUGGAUCAGGUAACCUAGAAGCAGCUCGUGAGUCUUUUGUUAAUGAAUUCCAGAAGAACGUAGAAGGUCUGAAGCAAGAAUGUUUCUCUUUAGCAAAUAGUAAGCAGGCAAAUAAAAUCAAACAGAAAUUGAAUCUCCAGUUUACAAAACUCCUUAUAAAGGAGAAAGGAAAAGAAUUAACUCUCCUUGGGACCCAAAAUGACAUUUCAGCUGCCAAACAAAAAAUCUCAGAAGCUCUUGUCAAGACACCUGUGACAAUAUUGACUAAAGGUUGCAUGACCAAUGGAAUUGAGGUUGACACGGAUCGCUUUAAACUUUUAGAAGCUGAAUUACUCCAGGAGAUAUCAGAGAUAGAGAAAAGGUAUGACACUAGCAGUAAGGUUUCAGGAAAAAAGCAAAAAAUCCACAUUCUAUUUGAACCUAACAACCAGCAGGUAGAUCUAUCUGUGCAUGCUUAUGCAAGUUUCAUUGAUGCCUUUCAGCAUGCCUCGUGCCAGCUGAUGAGAGAAGUUCUUUCACUGAAACUGUUGAACAAGGAGAGAAAGCACUUAUAUGGGACCAAGUUUGCUGAUGACUUUAGAACAAAGUAUCCAAAUAUACACUUUGUGCAAAGUAAAGAGUCAGUGACUUUGACUGGUUUGCCAAAUCACCUUGCAAAGGCAAAACAGUAUAUCUUAAAAGAAGGGGGAAUGUCUCCAGUGGCUGGAGAGAAAUUGAAGGAGGAUCACGAAACACCCAUGGACAUUGAUAGUAAUGAUUCAAAAGCAGAUUCCCUCUCAUUCAAAGGCUCUGUGAGAUCUGAGGCUUCAGAAGUUCACAAGAAGGAAAAGGACAUCUGCGUCAUCUGUAUGGACACCAUUAAGAACAAACAAGUACUACCAAAGUGCAAGCAUGAAUUCUGUGCCGCUUGUAUCAACAAAUCCAUGUCAUAUAAGCCAAUUUGCCCUACAUGUCAGACUUCAUAUGGUACCCAGAGAGGAAAUCAGCCAGAUGGAAGCAUGCAUGUCACUACGUCACCACGGUCACUUCCAGGCUAUGAAUCCUGUGGCACCAUUGUGAUUACUUAUAUUAUGAAUGCAGGUGUACAAACAGUAAGUGUUUUGGAGGCCCCUGGGUUUCUUUCCAUUAUCUUAGAGAUUACCAGAGCAAAAGAGACUGUCCUGUUGACUCUUGGCCCCUGGAUUUCCCAGGGACCCAGGGAAUUAUUUCCAUGGUCAAAUGCAAGUAUUGGGAUAAUGGUAAGGUCACUGUGUUUGCUUAUUACUUAGGUAUCUGUUGU